AUGACUUUCUCCAUCCCCGGCUCAGUCGUUUUAAUUACCGCAGGCACGUCUGGCCUCGGCCUCUGCGUAGCCGACAAACUGAUCAGAGCCGGCGCCAGUGUAGUCGUCAAUUACGCCUCUAACGUAGAACGAGCCAACAACGUCGUCGAGCAACUUCGCAAAACAGCAGCAGAAAUCCCUGCGAGCACAGAAUCUUCACAGAAAUGUUUAGCUAUACAAGCGGACGUUACUAAAAAAUCAGAAAUCCAUCGGUUGGUUCAUGAGACAGUGGCGGCCAUGGGCAGAAUCGAUGCCGUUGUGUCUAACGCUGGAUGGACUAAAUUUGCCAACUUUUUUGACAUUGACGAUAACGUCGAUGAGGAUAUUUGGGAUCGGUGUUAUGCGGCAAAUGUCAAGUCGCAUUUGUUCCUCUGCCAUGCUGCGAGGAAGUAUCUGGAGGAUGCCAAGGGCGCGUUUAUUAUGACGUCGUCUGUUGCGGGUGUUAAGCCGAGUGGGAGUUCUAUCGCAUAUUCAGUUACCAAAGCGGCACAGUUACACCUAUCAAAGUCCCUGGCCAUGGUGAUGGCGCCAUCAAUUCGCGUGAACUCUGUCUCUCCGGGAUUCAUGGAGACGAACUGGAUCGCUGGGUUUCCUCAAUCGAAGAUUGAUGAAACUAGAGACAAGACCCUUCUCAAACAAAUCACUCAAGUCGAGGAUGUGGCAGAUCAAAUUAUCUUGUUAAUCAAGUCGGAGUCAAUGACUGGAUCGAACAUCAUCAUUGAUUCUGGGUUCUCGGUCUGA